AAAAAUAACAAUAACAAUAACCAAAAGGGUUGAUCCCCCAACCUCAUCUCCUCCCAUAGUCUCCUCUUCUUUUAAUUUUUCCAUUUUCCCACUCCCCAAACAAACAUCUCUGUCUUCCUUGUUGUCUGGUUGGUCUUUAUAGAUAAUGUGUCAGAGAAUUUGUCAGAAAAAACACUAAAAAGUUUGAGAUUUUAUCAUUUGAGAGAUCAUUUCUGAGCACUGGCCCCCUUGUGUCAGAAAAUCAAAAUCUCUCUUCAAUUCUUUCCGAUCCAUCCAAAAAAGGAAACCGCCGUACGAUUGUUAGUUAAUAUAUCUCCGUAUCCAUCUACUCAUCCCAAAGAAAACCCUAGUUAUUUUUAUAGUAAUAUGGAUUUGCAGAACUUGAACCCUAGCUCUCUUAAAUCCAGGUUCACCGCAAGGUUCCUUCGUGCUCUGACUGAAAUCAAUGCCCCAAAAACCAUCUCAUCAUCUUCUCCCAGAGAGAUCUUCCAACGUUACCGAAGAAUCAAGGUUGCAGCCGACAAGUCCAUGGCUUACUCGGUUAGGUCGAGGAGAAUUUGGAGUAGGGCAACCCUUUGGAGGCUCCGAACCCGAUCACGCAGUCGUCGUUUAGUCUCUUUCGGCCGAAGAGCGUCGGUCAAGACCCGUACCACGGCAUCUCAUGGAAAAGAAAAUAAGGAACAUCAUGGUGCUGUGCUGGGUGUUCAAGCGGAAGAGCUGAGAGAGCUUGUUCCAGGUGGUGAAGCCAUGGAUUUAUGCAACUUGUUGGAUGAAACUGCGCAUUACAUAAAGUGCCUUACCACCCAGGUACAGGGUAUUGGUUAAUCCGUGUUUGUGUCCAGGGGUUUUGCGUUUAUAUGGGUGGUUUGCUGUGUGAGGGGUGCUGUUAAGUACAGCUGAGGUCCGAGGUCAGUUGAAUUUAUGUAUUCGGAUUUAGAUACAUUUGUUAAUUUAAUAAAUUAUAGGCACUCUUUUCCUGUU